AUGUCCGCAGAGAAGCAUACGUCGUCUUUCGACGAGAAGGCAUCUGGCGUUGAUGUCGAUGUCGUUCAACCCGACUCGGUCUCACUCGCAAUUGAGGAGCGCAGGCUGGUGCGGAAGAUCGACUGGCGUAUCAUACCCAUUGCCUGUGCGGUAUAUCUGUUUGCUUUCUUGGACAGGUCGAAUCUGGGAAACGCACGCCUGCAGGGGCUGCCACAGGACACCUUGCACGGUGACCCCACCGGCGUGCUGUUCGACUGGGUGAACUCGGCAUUUUUCUUCUCAUACAUCAUUUGUCAAGUACCGGCGACGCUCCUCGCUAAGCUGUGCCCGCCGCGCAUCUGGCUCGGGUGCGCGGUCGUGGGAUGGGGAAUGUGCUCCGCGCUCAUGUCCACCGCAUUCAAUUUCCCUGGCCUGAUGGUCGCCCGCAUCGGGCUCGGCGCCUUCGAGGCGUGCUUCGCACCUGGCAUCCCCCUCUACUUGUCGUACUUCUACACAAAAGAGGAGAUAGGCAAACGCCUCGCCUUCUGGUUUGGGUUCGCCGCGGUGGCAGGCGCGUUCGGCGGUCUUAUCGCGUUUGGCAUUCAGAACGUGCAUGCUGCGAUCGCCAACUGGAGGCUGCUGUUUAUCAUCGAAGGCGUCCCGACGGUGCUCUUCGGUCUCUUGGCGAUGAUCAUCCUGCCGAAUCGACCCGAAGAGACGUCCAUGUUUAAUGAGAAGGAGCGGGAGAUCGCUCUGGAACGGAUGAACCGCGGUUACAAAGCUGACGUGGGGAGGCACAUUGCCAAAUCUCACAUCUACGCGGCGUUCAAAGACUGGAGGGUAUACACCGGCGGGGUUUUGUAUUUUGGAGUUAACUGCGCCGUUGCGUCAAUAACUGCCUUCCUUCCUACCAUCAUCACGACAUUUGGAGUCACAAAUGCACGCGCACAGCUACUCACUGUGCCGCCGUACGCUGUUGCUGUUGUGGUCCUGUGUAUUACUGCAUACUUUUCGGACCGACAACAGAGCCGCGGAGUCUUCAUCGCAGCCGCUAGCACCCUAGCUGGCAUUGGAUAUGUGCUUCUGCUCACUGUUAGCGAGAAUAUUCACGUCCGCUACUUCGCGACAUUCUGCAUCACGAGCGGGACAUACACGUCGAUCGGGGUGACUAUUGCUUGGUUCGCCCAUAAUCUCGGAUCGGAGACAAAGCAAGCAACGGGCACCCCAAUCUACCAGGCGAUCGGCCAGUGCGGUAGCGUGCUGGGGUCGCAUAUCUUCCCAGCAACAGAGGGUCCUCAAUACAUCAAAGGCUUCGCAGUGAGUUGUGCGUUGCAGUUCCUUGGAGCACUUGCUGCGGUCAUCCUCACGAUAUCCUACCGCAAUGACAACAAGCGAAGGGAUGAAAAAUACGGCGAACCCGCGCAAGAUGAGCCAGUGGACACGUCAGAGCUGGCGGACAAGGCCCCGGGGUUUCGGUAUGUUCCCUGA